UACAAGAACCCAUUCCCUCCCUCAUAGCCCCCACUCUUCUCUACUUCCCAAACUUCAAAACAUACUCUUCUCUGUUUCUCCUCACUCUCUCUCUUAAAAAAAUAAAUUCUCCCUACCCUCUUUCUCACAUUAAUUCCAAACUCACAAACUCUAUCUCCAAUCACUUUGUUCAGGAUGGCAAUUGAAAAUCAAGACACCACUGUCCGAGAAAUCAAGCCUAAGAACAGGAGAAUCAUGGUGGAGAGGCAUUGGGGUUUUAUUGUAUUGUGUUCUUUUUCUCUUUCUGAUUCAAGUUUUGGCUUUGAUUGUGUUUGAAUAGGGUGCUGGAGGGCCUGAUGAUGAAGACAACAGGUGGCCACCAUGGUUGAAGCCUUUGCUGAAAGAGAGCUUCUUUGUUCAAUGCAAGUUACAUGCUGAUUCUCACAAGAGCGAAUGUAACAUGUAUUGCUUGGACUGUAUGAAUGGACCUCUAUGCUCUCUCUGCCUUGCCCAUCACAAGGAUCACCGUGCCAUCCAGAUUAGGAGAUCCUCAUACCAUGAUGUAAUCAGGGUCUCCGAGAUUCAGAAGGUGUUGGACAUCACUGGUGUCCAAACCUACAUUAUCAACAGCGCAAGGGUGGUGUUUUUGAACGAAAGGCCUCAACCAAGGCCUGGGAAAGGGGUCACAAACACUUGUGAAGUCUGCGAGCGUAGCCUUCUUGACUCUUACCGGUUCUGUUCUCUGGGUUGCAAGAUUGUUGGAACAUCUAACAACUUCCAGAAGAAGAAGCAGCAAUCAGCGGCAAUGGCAUCAGAUUCUGAGGAUUCAUACAGUAGCAACAGCAGCCAUGGGCGGCACAAAAACUGCAAAGUUCACAGCUUCACACCAUCUACGCCACCCCCAACUUCAGUUAAUUACAGAACGGCCAAAAGAAGAAAGGGAAUACCACACCGAGCCCCAAUGGGGGGACUAAUCAUAGAAUAUUAGAUACUUGGUAUUUUUAGGUUAUUUGCUAUAAUGCGCCUGAUAUAUUAUACUAAUGCCAGUGUUUCGCGUCGUUUCAUCAUUUCCAAUACACAAGCUCUUCUAAGGCCUGUAUCGGAAGUGUCACCGUCCGUUCUUUAUGCUAUGCGUAGUAGUUUCUAGCGUUUUGUAUAUAUAGAAAGUCCAAUAGAAGUGGAAAAGGUUGAGCAAGUAGAAAAAUAAGACACCUGUGAAAUAGUUGAUGGUGCAGUGAUAAAAAAGAAUGGCGUGUAGCAAAAUAAGUAAGGCUCUUUUCAACCUAGUUAAGAUGAUGAUAAGGACUUAUAGGUUUGGUUUCUAGAGUAAUUAUACCUAAGUUUUGGGGUUGAGCAUGUAAAUAGUGGCCUAGUGAGGUGGGGAAAGAAGACAAACGACAAUGUACUUCUUGGACAAUAGGUGGUAUGUCUAUAUUAUAUCAAAAUAGCAAAA